UACAGCUCCCGGCGUGCCCGGCGCGCGGCACCUGCCCGCCCCCAGCCGCCGCGCCCGCGGGGUGCAGACGCCGGGGCGAGCGGGGAGGAUGGAGGCCGGGGAGGCAGCGCCGCCGGCGGGGACGGGCGGCCGCGCGGCGGGCGGCUGGGGCAAGUGGGUGCGGCUCAACGUGGGGGGCACGGUGUUCCUGACCACCCGGCAGACGCUGUGCCGGGAGCAGAAAUCCUUCCUCAGCCGCCUGUGCCAGGGGGAAGAGCUGCAGUCGGAUCGGGAUGAGACUGGGGCCUACCUCAUUGACCGUGACCCCACCUACUUUGGGCCCAUCCUGAACUUUCUCCGGCAUGGCAAGCUGGUGCUGGACAAGGACAUGGCUGAGGAGGGGGUCCUGGAGGAAGCAGAAUUCUACAACAUCGGGCCACUCAUCCGCAUCAUCAAAGAUCGGAUGGAGGAGAAGGACUAUCCGGUCACACAGGUCCCCCCCAAGCACGUGUACCGUGUGCUGCAGUGCCAGGAGGAGGAGCUGACACAGAUGGUCUCCACCAUGUCCGACGGCUGGCGCUUUGAGCAGCUGGUGAACAUAGGCUCCUCCUACAACUACGGCAGUGAGGACCAGGCUGAGUUCCUGUGUGUGGUGUCCAAGGAGCUAUACAGCUCCCCACAUGGGCUGAGCUCUGAGUCCAGCCGCAAAACCAAGCCCUGUCAUCUCAGGAGCCCGCUAACCUUUUCUCCCUCCCACCACCACCGCCUCCUCCUCCUCCGCUUCCCGCCGGAGGCCCCGCCUCAUCUCCACCCACCUCUUCUUCCUCCUGGAUCUCAUCUGCACCCUGCCUCUUCCCUCUCUGCCCCUGCCCGGGUUUCCUCUCUGCCUGCUCGCACCUCCCUCCCGGGGCCGCCCCCCCGGGCCCGGCCCCCCGCGCCCCCCGCGCCCCCCGCGCCCUCGCCCCGGGCGCCCCGGCCCCGCCUCCCCGAGCGUCCCGCCCGCCGCCGCCCGCGCCCCCUCGGGCUCCCCCCGCGCCCCGGCCUGGGGAGGGGGGCCCCGGCCGCCUCUGCCCCGGGCCCGCCGGGCGCCCCCCCGCCGCCGCUGCCGCCGCCGCCGCCGCCGCCGGGCCCCGCUGAGGCCGGGCCUCGCCGCCCGCAGCCUGCCCGCUCUCCGCGCCCUCACCUGUCCUCCUUGCAGGUUCCCGUCCGCACCCCUCCGAGCUGAGGCCGCGCUGGCCGUGAGGGCUCCUCCUCGGCCCCUCGCCCGCCCCCAGAGCCGCCACCCCCGGUUUGUAGCUUGGCGGAGCUGGCGGGAGGGCGGAGGCCAGGAGGGGGCGCGCUCCUCCUCCCGGACCGGAGCCCGCCGCUCGGCUGACUCCCCCCUCGCCCGUUUUGGCCUUGGCUGCGAGGCUCCGAGAGGGGAGUCAGGGGGCCCGGCCUCGGUCCCAGCCGCCCGCCUGCACCGGAGCGCCAGAGCCGGGCUGGGGAGGCGGGAGGGGAACCCGGCGGCCCCGCCCCCGCCCCGGGGUGCCCUGUCUGGGUGGAGGGCUGGGGGCGGGAGGGGGGACGACUGCGGCCCUUGGAUUCCCUGGGCCUUUAGGGGGUCAGCCAGAGCCGGCUGAGGAUCGGGGUGUCACGGGAGAAGUCCUGACCGGAUGCCCCCGAGCCCGCGGCUCAGUCUAACCUGCCCGCUGUGUGACCUUGGGCAAGUCACUGUCCCCCUCUGGGCCACAGUUGCCUCUGAAAUGGGGACAGACAGCUGCUGUCUGUGACCUUUGCCUGAGACAGCAGGGACCUGGCCUUGACCCCCCCCCCCCUGGCCAGAGUCUUGGCGACUCCGGCCUCCGGGGCAGCCAUCACCCAGCCCAGGAUGGGGCAUGGGGCUCCCGGAUGGGCGAGCUGGGUCCCCUUCCUGCUCCCCCCCUCGGCUCUGAAUCCACCUUCUCUGGGCCUCAGCCCCCCACCCUCUUCUCAGAAGGGAGCCUGUGACUCACCUACCUCUUUCUCUCUCCCUCUCUUCCCUGCCCCUCCCUCCAUUUCUAUCUCCUCUCUGCCCUCCCCUGGCCUUGCCUCACCCCUCCUCACUGGCCCCGCCCUCUCUUCCCCCUCCCGAUGUUCUGACCACCCCACCCCCACCCCCCUGCCCCUU